AUGAGUAGUAACAUUGGCAGAUAUAUCCAGGUGUCGCCAACAUGCUUUUUAUGCAAUAGACCGUUCACCCCAGAUCAUGCACCGGCCUCGUUACGAGCCUGUGGACAUAUUUUCGGCUACCGCUGUCUCUCGAUCAUCCUUAACGGCGGUGAUGUUGACUUGAAAGGCACUUGGUCUGAUAUACCCAGUAUCCACAUUGACGAAGCGGAGUGUCCAGAAUGUCAAGUGUCGAUUGCAAAUGUCGACAGUGAACAAAGAGCUUUCUCGAUACUAGGCGACAUUAGCCGCGAUGCACAAGACCACCGAAACAAGCUCAACGCCUUUGUCGAACUGUUACGCGAGAGUGUCGCAGAGACUGACCCUACUAUCGAACGCGAGGACUUUAUGCAAUUCUUCAAGAAAUGCUAUACGAGCGAUGGAGAUAACAUCCUCCAAAAGGCUUUGCAAGAUGCAGCAAGUGCCGGAGACUACUUCUCACCGUUUCACGACGCCAUCGCCGCGUCUCGUGGGGCCAGUCCUCAGCCUAUGGCUUUCCCGCUCAUUCGAUUCUGCUUCCUACUCUGGGAUACCCAUAACGCGAUCGAAAGGAAGACAAGUUUGGCAAUCAACGUUCUAUUGUGGGAAGCCAACCGCUGCCUGGGUGUCAACAAUCCAUUGGUUCAGUGGGAGGAUGUCGAAGAAGCUGCCAAUUUAGACAACAGACGGCUCUUUCCACUGUUGCAUGGCCUGACGAUGCUGGUGUCUCAAGCCCUCGCACGCAAUAACCUAACAAACCCUUGGCUGGGCGACCAGAAGCUGUAUUUAGCGAACAAGUUAGCAUGCGAUUGCGUAGGUCCACAUUUUGAGGGUAAGCCCUCAGAUCCGUGGUUGUACAAGCUCGCAAUUGUGGUCAACGAGCUUAAACGUCAUCAAUUCGAGAUGGGGAGGAAGCCAUUAACUGGUUUCGUAGCCGAGAAGAGCAUCGUGCGAGGAUGGUGGGCGAUUGCGCAAGCGGAGGCUGAAGAGUCGGACUGA